AGUGGUAGCGGGUCCCUUUUGUACAAUGACCCUCGGCGAUCUCGGCGCUAAUGUCAUUAAAAUAGAGAGUUUGGACGGCGACGAGGCGCGGAAAUGGGGCCCGCCGUUCAUUAACGAUUCCAAUUCAAAAGACUCCUUUUAUUUUUUAUCCGUAAAUCGCAACAAGAAAAGUGUCUGCAUCAAUCUUAAAUCUAUGGAAGGUAAAAAUAUUUUGUAUGACUUGGCUCGGAAAUGUGAUGUUGUUGUGGAGAACUUUGUACCUGGAAAAUUGGACCAGUUGGAUGUGGGAUACCAGAAGUUGAGCAAAAUUAAUCCUAAAAUAAUAUAUUGUGCUAUCACAGGCUUUGGAAAUAAAGGUCCCUAUGCUAAAAAACCUGGAUAUGAUGUAAUUGCAGCAGCUAUGGGUGGCCUAUUAAAUGCUACCGGUGAAAGGAACGGAAGCCCAGUAAAGGCCGGAGUUGCUAUAACGGAUAUCACUACAGGCUUGCACGCCUUCGGAGCUAUAAUGGCUGCCCUCUACCACAGGAGUAACACAGGGAAGGGACAAAGGAUUGACUGCAAUCUUCUGUCCACACAGAUAUCCAGCAUGAUCAACCUUGCCCACAUCUACUUGAAUUGCGGCAUCGAGAGCCAGCGAUGGGGCACAGCGCACGCUAAUUUAGUGCCCUAUCAAGCAUUUAAAACAAAAGAUGGAGAAAUGGUGAUCGGUGCCGGCUCCAAUGCCCAAUUUGCCGACUUCUGCAGACUUAUCAAUAAACAGAAACUGAUCACAGAUGAAAGGUUUAAAAAUAACUCAGAUAGAGUUACAAAUAGGGAUGAACUUAUAAAAAUUAUCAGCGAAGUGAUCAUCACUAAGACAAAAAAGGAGUGGACAGAAAUAUUUAAAAAUUCCACUUUCCCUAAUGGUCCCGUGAAUACCAUGAAGGAUGUUUUUGAGGAUGAGCAUGUGAGGGAGAUUCGGCUGGUGAAGGAGUUGCCCCACCCCGAUGCGGGUACUGUUAAAGUGGUGGGACCACCCACCGUGUACUCCGCAGGAGGAAAUGAAGCUCGAACUGCCCCACCCACAUUGGGUCAGCACACUAAGGAUGUUCUGAAAAACUUUCUCGGAUACCAUGACGCAAAAAUAGAGGGCUUGCUUAGUAAUAAAGUUAUUAGAUAGAUAAUUCUUUGUUACUACCACUUCAGAUUGUCCGUGGAGCGAGUGACGGUGAUAACACUAAAACCGACGCAAACGCAGAAAAAAGAAAGGAAGAAGGUGGUGUGGACAGAGGACACCGUCGAUAAUGAACACAUGAACAAGAAGAAGUCUAAAUGUUGUUGUAUAUAUGAGAAACCGCGCGCUUUCGGCGAGUCGGACUCUGAGGAGAGUGAGGACGAGUGCGAGCACUGCUUCGGCCACGUGGAGCGACGCCGCGCGCACGCGCACACGCACGACCACGACCACGCCCAACCUGCGCACACGCACACACAGGAGUCAUCAGAGGCGACAGCGUCGGUGGUGCUCAAGCCGGAUGCGCCCGCACCGGCGCCGCAGCCGCCCCCCGCGCCCCCCUGCCCGCCCGACCACUAACGCCGUGACGCGUUCACCCACGGAAUUUUUACACAUAAAUUUUAGGGUCAUUUCAGACCGCACCGCGACGCGUAGAUGCAUUUCCAAAUUUGUAUUCAAUUGCAGGUUUUCAUGACUCUCACGCAAUUGAAGUCUGUCAAUUCCAUAUAAAUUUAGAAAUGCAUCCACGUGUCGCGUUGCGGGCUGCGGCCUGAUUGACCCUACGACACAAAAAAUUAUUGAACUGUCACAACUGAGAAUACUUACAUACUUAGAUAUUGUAACAUAAUAAUAUACGAUUCGUGAAAAUCAUAAUAUUA